UUCAUGGAUAUUUCACAUUAUUAUAUUAGAAUUGAAUUAUUGAUUACAUUUUCAUUUACUGGAAACGUGGGAUAGAUUUUAAUACCCACUAACAAUACAUCACGUAACAAUGUUUCAUCAGGAUAUACUCAUCAAUAGCUCUAGGUGGAUUGGUUAUGCCUUUCGUUGCUAACACCCAAACGUUUUAGGCAAAAGUGCCGAUCGCCGAUUUGCAUCUUCUCUCCUAUCCAGUAACGUUAGCAAAGUCUGCUCCCUCCUGUUGAAGUUGACACUGAAUUUGUUCUACACGGGAUAUUUAUGAUCCUCCUCUGAAAUCCAUUCCUUUCAUUUCAUUCAUUGUCUUAUUUUCACUAUUUGCAUGACCCGCAAUGGAGUAGCAUGGCGUUAGCGAUGUCUUGAUUAGAAAAGUAGCAACCUAUCCUAGCUAGCAUAGUGUUGCUACCCAACAGUUAACAUAGUCAAAGCCUGGAAAAGAAGGCAGACAACGUUAGCUGUCUACUAGCUAUAGCUACCACUGAAACAGUGGCUAGUAUCCACUUAGCACAGCUAGCUUUCAAGAGCAACCUAUACAUGUUUUGCUUGGCUAAUGUUGCAAUGUUGUUCUCAGAAAAUACGCCUUGUUCGUGAUUAACGUUACUCGCACCAUCAUAUCAACGUUUUGAUACACAAUUAAGUUAUCAAAAUAUCCGUGACUGAAAUCGUAUUAGCGAACCUUAGCUUACUUGCUAGUCCAUUUCCCCACCACGUUUAAGUUAGUCAUUGUAACAUAUUUAAAUUUUGCGACGUCACAUUUUUCCUGAGGUUUAACCUAAACCGUCAGGAAAGGUCUUAUGUGAGUACAUUUGGAUCAUAGACGCCCUAGAACCCAGUUUGGUCAGCUCCAUGGACCUCAACUUUUAUUCCGACCUCACGGACGGCUCGAGGCAGCAGGUCGACUCGGAUUUCUUGGAUGCUCAGUCUUUCAAUGGAUACGAAUCCAUCGACAAGUUCCCAGGUGGCAGUGACAACUAUAUGACCAUCACUGGGACAAACCAUCCUUUUCUGUCAUCUACGCAGACCUUUCACACUCCCAGCCUUGGCGAUGAAGAGUUUGAAAUACCACCCAUCUCCCUGGACCCAGACUCGGCCCUCACUGUGGAGGACGUGGAGGCUCACUUCGAGGAGCUGACGGACAGCACGGGAGGCACAGGGGGGCCUGUUGGGGCUGGUGGCCUGACGCAGAAUGCCGUAGUUGGCGGUACUGACCCCUCUUUUGCCUCUACGUAUGUGAAUGCACCGCCACAGGGCCUGGAGCACCUGAGUCUGGGGGUCAUGAACCAGUCUGGAGGGAGUGCGCUUCUGAGCUCCACAUUGGGAGUGGACCUUGGUCACUCAAUGGACUCCCAUUUCAGUAGCUCCUCCCCCAUGCCCAUCGAUGUGCCUCUGGGAGACAUGAGUGACAGCGUGCUGGGUCACAACCAGCUGACUACCAUCGACCACUCGGAGCUGAGCGCACAGCUGGGCCUGGGCCUGGGUGGCAGCGUGAUGCUAUCGCGCUCCAAGUCUCCAGAACAGCCACUGUCAGCCACGCCCUCCCCUGCUGGCUCCCUGCAGGACGAGGAUAUGGAUGACUUCAGACAGAGCGUGCUGAUAGACCCCCCAGUCUCUCUCUCUUCCCCUGUGGUCGUGUCACACAUGCCCACGUUGGCGGGCACCUCCCAGGCCUCUGUGGCCUCCCCGUCCAUUGUACGGAGGAUUGGGGGCAAACCUGCCAUGGGGGCCAUCACUGGGGCAGGUGCAGGGGUGGCACUGGGGGUGAAGAAGGGGAGGAGGAGGAAGGACCCCAACGAGCCCCAGAAGCCCGUGUCGGCGUACGCCCUUUUCUUCAGGGACACCCAGGCGGCCAUCAAGGGCCAGAACCCCAAUGCCACCUUCGGGGAGGUGUCCAAAAUCGUGGCCUCCAUGUGGGACAGCCUGGGCGAGGAGCAGAAACAGGUUUACAAGCGGAAAACUGAUGCUGCCAAAAAGGAGUACUUGAAAGCACUUGCUGCCUACAGAGCAAAUCUGCUGUCAAGGCCCUCUGCUGAGUUUGCGGACGCUCCGGCCUCUCCUCCCUCCUCGGCUCCGUCUCCUGUGCCGGUGGCGCCCCCUGGUGCCCCAGCCCGGCCCGUCCGCCUGGUUCACAACCCUGACCAGAACACCAUCACCAACAUCUGCGCCUCCAACAUCAUCCUGGACCUCCCGCAGGUCACCACCCGCUCACGCACCGGCGCCCUGCCUGCCACCCCAGCAGCCUCUGCGCCCGCCACCGCUUUUUCCCAGGCAGCUACCACCCCCACUGUCACCAAGAUCAUCAUCUCCAAGCAGAUGCUGCAGGGCCUGCAGGUCCAGGGCACUCAGAUCCACCAGAUCCCCACCUCCAUGGUGACGGUGAUCCCGGCAGGGGUGCGGGCGCUGCAGCCCUCCGCCACCAUUGCCACCGCCACCCGACAGCCACCCCCUCUUCAACAAAUGCAGCACACCCCUCCUCCCCCACGCCUCCAGCAGAUGGUACACUCCUCCGCCUUGCCGCCUCUGCAGGCCAAGCCGCGGGUCAUGCCGGCACCGCCUCCCCCGCUCCAGAUCAAAAUCGUCCCCGCCUCUCUGCAGUCGGACGUGGCGACUCCGGUCAUUGUUACCACGUCAACUGGCAUAGGCCCAGCUGCUGGCUCGUCCUCAGCGGUAGCGGUUUCCCUGCAGAUGGCACAGGCCCCGCCCACAGCGAUUGUGGCCACUCCUGUGGAGGAGACGUCGGCAGACGACAGUUCAGAACAGAUGGAGGUGGAGUUUAACGUGUCCCCAGUGGCAGCUGACACACGGGGGCCCAACUUGUGUGUGCGCUCAGGCUGCAACAACCCAGCCGUAGAGAGCAGGGACUGGGAUAAGGAGUACUGCAGCAACGAGUGUGUGGCCACACACUGCAGGGACAUCUUCAUGGCCUGGUGCUCCAUCAGGGGCCAAAACUCGACAGCUGUCAAGUGAAAAAAGGCAGGACAAGGCAGGAACGAAUGAACAGAAAUGCAAAACUUGGAGGAUGAAGAGAGACAUUGAGCAAAACAUUAUGUAGAGGACGAGAGGAUUAGUUUGAUUUUUUUUCCCCCGUUCCCGUUUUUUUUUUUGUACCUCCAAAAAGAGGAAGCGUAAUUAUUUGUAAAUAGUAAUAGGGAGGAGCAAAGGUACACAGAUCAACACCAGAAUGCACGGACAGUUAAACAUUCUGUGGUUCAGGUGCCUUUUAGCUCUGUGAAGACGUUGGGGUACCUCUAGUCAGCUGAACUCUAAACUCUUAGGACCCGGUUCUUUGUUUCCUGAAAUGCUACAUUCCAUCAUAUUCACAGCACCCCCCCCCCCCUUUCCCGUGCCAUCAUUAGAAAAAUGUAAAUCAUGAGUAAGUAAAAAUGGAACUCGAGGGUAGUGUUUACUUUUGUACUCUUUGAAGCCAUAAAGCUGCUGCUUCUGAUUAUCUUUCUCCUGAGGCAUAACAAUGGCAUCAUAAAGGGAUUGGGAGAAGUAGGAGGUCAGUGAUGUUGUUAGCACAUCCUUCAUUUCACUCUGCCCAUUUGAUCCCAACCUGCAACAGGACCUCGUCACGAAGCUGUCUCUUCAUUUCUUUUCUAAGACACACGUCAGAUCAGGCUGGGAAAGUGGAGAAGAUGGGAUGUACAUGAAGCAUGUGUACCAUGCUUUUUUUUGGCCUUCUACGUGUGUAUACAUUGCCUAAUUUCCUUACUCCUACAGUGAAAUGCGAAACAUUUUUUUUGUAUUAUUAUUUCUUUUUUUUUUUAUUAUAUCCUCUAAUGGAGAAUGGGGCCUUAAAGGCCAUUGAUGCUUAUGUGUCCUUAAAGGCCCAUUGAUGUCUUUUUCUGUUUUUUUUUUUUUUUGUCUCAGGUGGUACAUAGUGAUUUAUUUACAUUUUUGUUUUAUUUGGAAACUUGUAGAUAACUAUCCAUAAUGAAUAAAUGGACAAAGGCAUAUAAACAAAACCAGGUGGGUUUGUAUUUAAUACUUUUGUUAAGUAAAUUGAUUUUUAUCAGUGAAACUUUAACAGUGUUUCGCACUUUAACAGAAAGAAAGUAAGUAAAGCUCACUUGAAAAUUGCUGCAAAUAGCGAUGUGAAGCCACUCAGAUGUGGUCUACAAAUUCACUGCCUGUGACACCUGAUAAUAGAUAUUGAACUCGGGGAUCCACGCUGUAUAGACAAACAGUUAGGCAAAUGUGCUGAGUGUGUGUCCCUUUCCAGCAAUGACCCCUUCGUCAAAAUCAACAAUCACAGCGCUUCACCGAGCGAUUCUCGUAGGUGCUUCAACAUACAUUUCAAAAGAAAUAAGUGUCAUAAACAGGGUUCUAUUGAUAGGAGCCCAAUAUCUUUAGCUGCACUGACAUCUAAAACACACACACACACUCACACUCAAUAAUUACGGCAAGCAGUAUGGCAAAUUUUAUCCAGCAUAAGAUUGACUCAUCCUUGUUUUGUUGGCGUGUCUGAAUAAACAAUAGAACAGCA